AUGAUCACUCCCGAAGACUGGUUCUUGAGGACUUUCUACCCACUAGAGUGGUUUGUGGAUGUGGGAAAUCCCUCUGCUUCUGUGGAAGCGGAGCCCAUGCAGGAUCCAAGGCUACUGACCAUGAUUGUUACCUUCCAAUUCAGGAGUCUGGGCUAUGUCGCAACGUUGCCAUUGCUCUUGUUCGUUCUGGCCGCUUUUUUUGCUGUCUACUACUAUGUGGUGGUGCUCAGGAAGCAAGGGCGCAGAGAUACUGUUUGCUUCAAUCCGAACCUGUACAGCAAUGGCAAGGUUUGCCUCUCUUUGCUAGGCACCUGGCAAGGCGAGAGAGCUGAGAAUUGGGAUGCCACGACUUCUCGUGCGGUACAAGUGCUGAUCUCCAUACAGUCUUUGAUCCUGGUGCCGCAACCCUACUUCAAUGAGCCAGGCUUCGAACGGGAGAUUGGCACAGAGACAGGGGAGAGGCGAAGUCAUGAGUACAACCGCUCGGUACGUGAGAAUUGCGUGAGGCCGCGUUCGUGA